GAGUCGUGAAUCGCUCUUUCGAAAACUUAAACCCGAUCAUAUUGUCGAUCGUCUACUCCGAUAACGUCGUUAUUUGUUCCUCAUCUGCCUCUUCCCAGAUACACAUUACGAUCGAAGCCAUCAAUGUCACGUGGUGCGGUGCUGAUAUGGACCCCACGACCUUACUGUUCCAAGCCACAAUAUUGUCUGGAGUGUGUUGUAUUGGCGUUGUCGUUUAUCUUCGAUACUUCUAUGUCGACUUCGGUCGAAUCGAAGGGAUACCAGAAAUACCCGGUGGUUCGUCUGUUGCCGGACAUCUUUACAUGCUAGGUCAAGAUCAUGCUACUACCGCAGAAUCAUGGGCAAUCAGCAACACCUGGCCAGUAUAUCAGAUCAGGUUUGGAUAUAGACGUGCGAUUAUCCUCAAUUCAUUCGACGCUGCUAGGGAAUGGAUUGUCACCAAGCAGACAAGCACGAUUGAUCGGCCAUGGUUAUACACUUUUCAUGGAGUAGUUUCGAAAACAUCAGCCACUAUUGGUACGAACCCGUGGGAUGAACGUACCAAGAAACAAAGACGAGUUGUGGGGUCAUAUACCACAGCACCGGCUAUUCGGAAACUUGAGCCCAUGCUGGAUGUUGAAACCUCGCAAAUGAUAUCGGGAUUAUACGAGGACGGCAAACAUGGGAUCAGAGCCAUCAGUCCUCAUAUAUACCAGAAAAGACUAGCAUUGAACAUAAUACUUAUGUUCUGUUAUUCAAGAAGAUUCGCGGCGAUCGAUGAUCCACUUCUUCUGGGCAUCCUUUCUGACGCCAACACUAUUUCGAGUUUCCGUUCCACAAAUUCGAAUGCACAGGAUUACAUUCCGUACCUUCGGCAUUUUGGUGGAGGCAAGCGGACGGUUGAAGCAACAGAAGUACGCGGUCGUCGAGAUCGUUGGUUGGCUGGGCUACUCGAGAAAGCACGAGACAGCGUACGUCUUGGGAAGGCCAAGAAGUGUGUUGCUCAAGGUUUGCUUGUCGACAAAGAAGAAGGGUUGACAAAACAGGACAUUCGAACAAUUUUGGGUGGGUUGAUGUCGGGUGGGUUUGAAACCGUCUUUGCCACGGCGAUCAUUGGCAUUGCGUUCCUAGCAAGUCCAGCAGGGGAAGCAGCCCAGAAAAGCGCUCAUGCCGAUAUCACGAGCAAUUAUAGUACUCCGCAGGAGGCAUUCGAGCGAGCAGCCUUGGAAGAGAAAUCUCCAUAUAUCGCCGCUUUUGUCCGAGAAGUCCUGCGAUUCUAUCCUCCACUCCACUUGCUGCCACCUAGGCAGACUUACCAAGAGUUUGAGUAUCAUGGCAGCAAGAUACCAAAAGGGGUCCUCGUGUACAUGAAUGCUCAAGCCAUCAACCACGACAAAGACAAAUACGGACCAGACGCAGAUCAAUUCCGGCCCGAACGAUGGCUUGACAAGGAAAGUGGUUACGAAGUCCCACCUCCUUAUCAUUUCUCGUACGGUGCAGGAGCUCGAAUGUGCACGGCAGUCAACUUCUCGAACAGGAUCCUCUAUGCCAUAUUCUUGAGAUUGAUUGUCUCUUUUGAGAUUAUAGGCAGUAAAGAAGAUCCACCUGAGACUCACUACAUCGAUUAUAAUAGGAAUACUACUGCCGCGAGUGCCAUCCCGAAAGAUUUCAAGGCAAGAUUCGUGCCACGAGAUGUUGGGAUAUUGGAGGAGUGCUUGAGAAAAUCUCAGGAGACGGAGGUUGAUCUUGCUGGCUGAGAAAACUUCCAUGUUUGUAGAUGUGCAGCGGACGUUGGUUUCCCAUCCUCGGACUUUUCGAUUUUCUUCAACAUUAGAUAUCACU